GUUUGUUCUGAUUUGCAUAUAAAGUUACAUUUUGUUCUUCUGUUAGUACAUACAUACAUACAUCUCCUACAGACAAUGUCACAAAACAUUCAAUUGAAGAAUCCCCACCUGGAAGACUUGGCAUCCGAUUAUCUGUACCAUCUGGCCAUCAAUGUAGCAGACACCAAGAACACCAGUGAGAUUCAGAGGCAGUUUGGCGAUGUAAGGGUUAUCUGCACGGGUGGAACCGCUAUACGCAUGCUGGAACUGGCCAAAUAUCUGCGAAAGCAGUUGGGUGUGCCGGGCACUAGCGAUCCUGAGGAUAUAAGCGCCAAGGGACAUCGCUACGCGCUCUACAAGGUGGGACCUGUGAUCUGUGUCAGCCACGGUGUCGGCUCCUCCACCUUCAGUGUGGUGCUCCACGAGCUGCUGAAGCUGGUCCACUACGCCAAGUGCCACGAUCCGGUCUUCCUGCGCAUCGGCACCUGCGGCGGCAUCGGUGUACCACCCGGCACGGUUGUCGUUACGAAGGACGCCUUCAACGGCUUGCUCCGCAACGAACACGAGAUUGCAAUUCUCGGAGAGCGUGUGGUGCGACCCGCCCAGUUCACGGAGAGCGUGAUCAGGGAUAUUCUGGCAUAUGGUGCCAGGACCGAUGAUGGUUUCCAAAUCAUAAGUGGCAACACCAUGGGCACAGAUUGCUUCUACGAGGGUCAGGGUCGUACCGAUGGCGCCAUAUGCGAGUAUAGUGCCGAGGACAAGAUGAAAUUCUUGCACAAGUGUCAUGACCUGGGCAUACGCAACAUCGAGAUGGAGGCCAGCAUGUUCGCCUCGGUCACCCAGAAGAUUGGCGUGAAGGCUGGCGACAUCUGUGUGACCUUACUCAACCGUCUUGACGGCGAUCAGGUCAACGCCGAAAAGAAGGAAGAGUUUGAGCACCGUCCCUUCCUCGUUGUGGGUCGCUACAUUCAGGGACUCUUGAAGCAAUAAUGGGCCCGAUACUAUCUGCAUGCCACAGUUUAAUAACUCAUAAAUAUGUAUCUUAAUAAAUGUGUCAGCUAAAUC